GUUGAAAAGGAGAUUCUGGGCCGCAGUCCGUACGACAGUACUCUAUUGUCCACGUCUCCGACGGUGUCAUCUAAUCACUGAUUCGUCGCCGCAAGCCAGCACUUCCCGCCCUUUGCCCCUCCACUCUCACGCUUUGUGCACCUCGUGCAGUCCCCCCUCACGCGCCGCAAGCACGUGCUCUUUUUUCUAUGGCCAUCAUCGUCGCGGCUCCUGCCCACCACGACUGCGCAUCAUCCACGUGCUCCUUCGUCGACGUGGCCGUCGUUGAUAUCCAAGCGUCGUACUUCGACGUGCUCCUUCAUCGACGCGCUCCUUCGUCCACGUGUUCGUCGUUGCCGAGUUGCGGACGACAUGGCCCCGAGGAACGCAUCAGCAAAGGCCAGGCAAAAUAGCGGGGCGGGCGACGAGGGGAAAACCAAGAGAGGCAGAGGGCAUAUCCCUAAGCCGAAAAGGCAGCGCGUUGAAGAGUUGAGCUCCGAGCACACUGCAGACUUCCAGCCAGAAGAAGUGGUGAUGGUGGACGCGCAAGGUACUUCAGCGGCACCGCGAUUGGGUUUCGGUCGGGAUGGGUUGACGAGGGAACAGGUGUCCGCUGUCAAGCAGAGCAUUGUUGUCGGUGCUGCUGGUGCGUCGCAAAGGACCCCGAAGGCGGCAGGGGUUGUCAUAACGGAGGUGCGCGUCCCGAGGCAACUUCCCGCGGCGACGGGGCAGGGCCAGCCACGUCAGGCACUUCCACUGCAACAGCUGGGGGCUUCAAGGGGGGGAAAGCAUAGCCCGCGCAAAAGGGCGAUGCAACGGCGAUCAGCACUCGGACGGCGGCGGCGGAUCGCAGUGGUAGAACUGGAGUCGCCGAAGGGACCGGGGAAACCCUUGAGGGAGGCGGUUGGCGAGUGCGCGGACUACUUCAUCGCAAUCGCCAAUGGAGACGCGGGAGCUGAACUGCCUGCGAUGCUCAUACUACCGCCGAACGACGUGCCGCGCUUCAAGAUCGACGACCCUGCGCAGCGUGAACCGGCUCUGCGCAAAGCCCGCAACGUCGAGAAACUGGUGUUGCGCGCCAUCCACGGCUGGAUUUUCAAAUUGUCGUUGUGGUCGGCUGGAUUCACUCGUGCAGAGUCCUACAUCAGUGUCGAUAUUGCCACAGACGUCGCACGAGCAGUUUGGCAGGGGCAGGAAUGGUCGAACGUGGUGUCCCCUGCACUCGUGUACCACAAUCUCGCGCUGAAGAUGGACGUGCCUCUGUGGUUCGCGGGGGUGAAGAUUGUGGAUCGGCCCGAGAACGACGACAUGGCGGCGCGGCAGGAGGCGACAGUUCUUCGCAUCGCGGAGUGCUGGACAAGCGCACUGUGUUGUGGACAAUGGGCGAACGGUGGGCGCGUGAAACAUGAGAGGUUGUCUAGGCAUGUGGACUGUCUUCGAGCGUUGUUGAGCGCGUGCAUGUGGAUCACGCGCAUGGGUGGUGAGGACGACCGUUCGCACUACGAGGCGUGCCUUUACUCGUCCAUGGUCGCCAAACCGACAAUGAUAGCGGCGGGGUCAUACAUCUUCAACUGGCGGCGACACAUCGUCGACAGCGCGAACCUCGUCUUGGAUCGUAUAGGGAAGGUUCACCUCACGCUGGGAGAAUACCCGCACUGCAUUCCGAAAUGGUGUGACUGCGGGUUGGUGUUCGGCCACAACGCGGCCCUGAAGAACGCGGCGGAAGCCGCGAAACACGGAUGGAUUGGCAGCGGGCCUGCGGCGGAGGAAGUGGGAGACGAGGACGGUUGACACGUGGGUGCAUCCGUGGCGCAGCGUCAGGGUGCGGAUCGUCGACUGAUUGUAGUAUUGAAAGACGCAACGACGAACGCAGUGCCUGCGACCGCAG